AUGGUACUUCCCGAUUUAUGUGGCGCAUACCACCGCCCCCCCAACCCUCAGCACCCUCAUGGCAAGCACUACGCCAAUUAUUCAGUGACAGAAAAAUCGAGCUACAACGUCAAGAAGGUCAUCGCGUGGCGGCAGAGAGCUGGGGGGAUCGAGCUUCUGACCGCUUGGGAAGACUACGAGGUCGAUGGUUGGACGUGGGAGCCCCUCGACAACAUCCCCGAGCGGAUGCGCGACCGGAUCGCCUUCAAGGUGAUCGAGAGGACCGGCCCGAUGUUUGGGCUUGCUGUCCUGGUCGAGGAGGCCUCCCUGCGCGAGUAUGCGCUCGCGCUGCUGCAGUACUUCUCUACUCCUCCGAGCGGCACAAAGGCCAAGAUCGCGGUCAAGGAGGACCACUGGCAGCGGGCGCACACACUCACCAUCUUCUCGCAGGAGCACGCCGCGUGCAUUGCUCGCGCAGGCGGCUCCGACGCGCCUGCCCCCGGCUCCUACAAGUUCACGGUCGAGUUCACCACCGUGGGCAUCAACUCGGCGACGGGCGACAUCAUGCCGUACACCGCGCCGACGGACGAGCUGCGCCUCGAGAUGGCAGAGGCGCACGCGCUGGUUGCGUACGCAAAGAAGACGCUCAAGCAGCCGUGGGCGGCGGAGCCUGUCCGGCACAGGCUGCGCGCUAGCGGCUGGUGCGACCAGCCGGUGGCGUUUCAGUAG